AUGAUACGCUGUGUCAUAUGGACAGCCAUUCUCUUCUGGAUGCUCACGGUGCCCUCUUUCUCACUAAACCUCACUGCCCAUGAGGCCUGCGAGUUGACCACCAACCCAAGCUUCUGCAAAUGGGUUCUCCAACCUCAAGAAAGGUCUGACCUCGGCGGCUACAGCCAAUACCUGCUCAGCCAAUCCCUCAGCCACGCGGCAAGGGUCUCUGACCUCAUCCAGAGAAGCCUCAUUGGAAAAGCCAUGCAGGGAUCCGGCGCAUGGCUAGGGGCCCUCCAGGACUGUCUCCUUCUUUCCCAACUCAAUACCAAAUACCUGAAUUCCACGUUCACCACCCUCAAAGCCAUUAAUGGUGCUGCAGGGCUAGCUAUCAACAAGGCCGACGAUGUCCACACCCUUUUGAGCGCCGUCGUUACCAACCAAGAGACGUGCCACGAUGGGCUUAAGAAAGCACGCAGGUCGCAACACGGGGACGAUCUCCAACACUUGGUCGCCAAUGGGUCCGAGCUCUAUCGAACCUCCCUCACCAUGUUUGCCCGCUCUCGGGACCUGAAAGGCCCCAGAAAGCGUGAAGGGGGUGGGGAUCUACUACACGAGUUGAGGGUGAGGCGAGAUGGCAUGCCCCAUUGGCUUAAUGACAAUAAGUUGUUCCGUUUUGGUUCGAGUGGAAGGUCGGAGGAGGAGCUUUCUGCUCGCGGCCGGUUGCGGAAGCAUGGGAAAGUGGUGGUUGCCCAGGAUGGGAGCGGACAUUUCCGGUCCAUCAACGAGGCCAUAGCUGCUGCUCCUGAGGAUAUGCAUCCGAGAAACGGCUACCAUGUGAUUAGGAUCAAGGCAGGUGUUUACGAAGAAUAUGUACGGAUAAGGCAGAGCUAUAGAAAUAUUAUGUUGGUUGGAGAUGGAAUGCGGAGGACCAUCAUCACGGGGAGUCGUAGCGCGGCAGGCGGCUUCGACAUCUUCAACUCUGCCACACUUGCUGUAUGGGGAGACAACUUCAUGGCCAUAGGCAUCACUAUCCGGAAUACAGCCGGACCUGCCAUGGGGCAGGCACUUGCCGUCUUGAACGGCGGCGACAAGUCCGUUUUCUACCGAUGCGGCUUUGAGGGAUACCAAGACACUCUCUGCGUUCACUCCCGGAGCCAGUUCUACCGGGAAUGCAACAUCUACGGCACCGUUGACUUCAUAUUCGGCGACGCAGCUGCGGUCUUCCAACGCUGUAACAUCUAUGUUCGGAAGCCAUUGCCGGGCCAGGCAAACAUGGUUACGGCUCAGGCCAGAACAGAUCCACAUAACAAGACCGGCAUUGCCAUUAUACAUAGCAACAUCUUGGCAACUCCAGAGCUGGAGGUGGCGGCAGCUCGCGGCGAGGUGCAGUCCUAUCUUGGUAGGCCGUGGAAAGAAUAUUCGAGGACAGUGGUCAUGCUCUCUAACAUUGGUGGCUUCAUAAACCCUGCUGGUUGGUCACCUUGGGCUGGUGAUUUUGCACUGAGGACCUUAUACUACGGGGAAUACAGGAACAGGGGUGCAGGCGCAAGUACCAGGCACAGGGUGAAGUGGCCUGGCUACCAUUUGAUGAGCGUAGCUGAUGCAAGAAAAUUUACUGUUGGUCGUUUUAUCGAUGGAGGUACGUGGUUGCCUGCUACAAAGGUGCCCUUCUCAUUAGGGUUGUAA